AUGACAGAUAAGGAUACUGAACAAUUUGAGAAUGGUAGUGUGCCAUCCGAAAACACUCUUACUGAUUCUUAUCAAUCAUUGACUGACAGCGAUUUUGAUAUGAGUGGAGUCACCAGUUCAAUUUAUUAUGCGGAUGUGGAUCUACGUCACGUGGUACAAAUAAUUCAGCUACAAUUAUUAUAUGUACCUUCAAAAAAACUCGUUUUGAAUUCUCAAAUCAAUGAAGGGGCAUCAACCUCACGUGGUCUAAAUAUUUCAGUUACGAAUAAUGUUCCAUCAACUACAAUUACACCAAGACCUAAAUCUGUAAUUUUUGGCGAGGCUUGUUUGAAGAUUCCCCAAGUUGAAAUUGAAAUAUCAAGAAGUAUUGUAAUACCUCUCAAUGAUUGGUUGCAAAGAACUCCAGUAGGGGAGUCAAUUUUGAAUUAUUACACCAGUUUUAACAGAUUAUCGGACAAAUUGCAACUAAAACUUUGCGACGCUAUUUUAUUUCGUGAAUUUCAUGGCGUAACUGGUCGUCGAAAAAUAACUCCAGAAAGAUUUACAAAAUUAACUAAAGAAAUAACAGAUCUGUUUCCAAGUGAGUUGCCAGGAACUUAUUAUACCCCAAAAGUUGAAAAAGGAAUUACAGAAGCAGUAGCAGCUUAUGGUAAACUGAUACAACAGUACCGUUAUUUCAAUAGAAAAAAAAAAGGUGAUGUGGUUAAUUUUAAUUUGAAUAAAGAAUUAAAUCGUCAACUAGAAAAUUUGGAUCCACCGUCGAGUAAAGUUGAUGUUAAAGAAAAAUUAACUUUUCUGGAAAGAGAGAUUACUCCUUGGACAACAAUUAUUAAAAACUGGGAAGAAACUCACGAGGAAAGAUUGAAUAGUUAUAAAAACCUUCGUGAAUAUUUCGAACGCUUUCCAUGCUUAAAACAGCCCCAGGCUGCUAGUUUGCUUACACUCGACUUUGAUAUUAAGUGGCCAGAAGUCGCAAAAUGUAUGGAAACAGAAUGGUAUGGAAGUUCAAAUGUUAUCAUAUAUACUGAAGAUGAUGAUGGAACAUUGACCAAAAAACGUAAAAUUCCAACCCAGUCGACCACGGGGGAUUCAUGA